AUGGUAUUACCGUUACUAGAAGAAACAAUCCACUCUCUCUCCACCUCUCUUCAGUCUUCCACUCUUCCCUAUCCCUUAAACACUAUUCUACAAAAACAACAAAAUAGCCCACAUCUAUCCUCAUUCAAUUAUUCCCAUCACAUAUCAUCUCUUUACUUAGAAACUUCGCACCUCCCGAAAAUGUAAACCACCACCACUACCCUCCUCCCUCUCUUCCACUCCCAAUAUCAAGUAAUCAACCAAUCAUGAUCUCCAAAACCCUCAAUUAUUCCUAAAGAUCUAAAUUAUGGGGAAGAAAAUUGAGAUUAGUAGGAAUAAUAAUAGAUCAAAAACCCUCCCAUCCUCUCCUACACACUCCCUCUCCUCCUCUUCCUCCUCCGAUUUCGAGUUUCGAAUCUCGCUUUCGCCUCGUAAAUCAUCCGCCACACUUUGUCCCGCCGACGAGCUCUUCUACAAAGGUCAGCUCCUUCCUCUCCAUCUCUCCCCUCGGAUCUCCAUGGUACGGACCCUUCUAUUAGCCUCUUCUUCUACCUCCUCCUCUUCCGACACUACUACUACCGCCUCCCGUGACUCCUCCUCCUCCAACGACUCUACCUCCUCGUCGUUUGCUACUGAUCUGUCUCUCCUUGCUGCGGGUGACCCUUGUUGCGAUUCCUCCCGCCCUAGCUCCGUCACCGAAGAAGACAACAACAAAAUCAAUACUAAUAAUCAUACUACUCAUGAUUAUUAUAUGAAACAACGCCUCAACAACAACAACACCAACAACAACGUGAAGAAGUCAUCGUCGUCAUCGUCCAAGUAUUUUUCGCUUUCGAGAUUCUCUAAUGUGUUUAAGAAAGAUCCUCCUCCGCCUACUAAGACGAAUGACGGACCACCGUCUGUGAAAAAAGUGAGCUCUACGGCUAAGGAGGUGAUAAGGAAAUACAUGAAGAAAGUUAAGCCAUUAUAUGACAAGCUCUCCUCCAAACAACAACAACAGCAACAUCUACCAGAAAGGAGAGAUAUUCUACCACCGCCGGAGACUAGGGCGGUGGCUUUGUUAGAAACAAAAGAAACACCGGAAGGAAGUGGCAGUGGAUUAAUAAUAACUCAGUCAUUUUCAGGGAACUUAAAGUGUCCAAAGAUGAUACGGAGGAGCUGUGUGGCGAGUUGUCCGUCCUCGAUGCGUUCAUCACCGAGUCACUCGGGGGUGUUAACUCGAGCCGGGUUGCCGAUGCGAGCUGGGUUAGCGAGUUACGGAAGCGGAUCUUACUCGUCGGAAUCAUCCACUAUGGAGGAGUUGCAAAAUGCUAUUCAAGGUGCAAUUGCUCAUUGUAAGAAUUCCAUGGUUCAAAGCACAAGUUCAAGCUUCAAUGACAACAUUAUCAUUAGCAACACCAUCAAUGGCAAAGGGGUGCUACUAGUUACGGGGUAACGGGAUACCCGAUGGUAUCUCGUGUGUCCAUGUUCGGGCCUCGGUAAUUGAGAUCGGUUUGACUAUCUGACAAGUAAGUUACUUGACUUUUUUUUAGGUACCAAGAAAAUAAAUUAAAAAGGUUAUUAUCUUUUUA